AUGUUAGUUUCGUCGCCCUCGCCCUCCGCUCUUCGCCCUUCUCCCUCCUCUCCUUCCACCGCCGCCCCCCAACCUCCUCUCUCUCCAUGCUCGACACAGUUUUCGCGCCGCUUGUCGUCGACGUCGGCCGCCUUUGCCUAUCAGAAUCAGCAUUAUGACUCUGCCGCCGAUCGCUCUGCUGUGCCCAGUAGUCCUUACACCCCCCGCUCCUCCCGUGUCGCCAUUGAAGAGCUCCGCUCUGCUCUGAAGAAGCACUCGGUUUCCACCUCCCCCACCUGGCCCUCAGGGGAUCUUGCUCGCGGCCGUAUGUCCGCUGGGCAGACUUUCCUUGAGGGCGGAAUUAGCGCCCCCGUGUCUGCCGCAGCUGCUUCCAUUGCUGCCCCCGGUCCUAACGCCGCCCUCGCCGAAUUAUCCGACCGUCCUACCAACAACGGUCUCACCCCUCCUUCUGCUGCUCCCCCUGUGCCUCCUGCGCCCGUCGCUGCUCCUGUCACUGCUUCUGCUUCUGUUCAGAGCUCUCUGGCACCCCCAAUGCCGGCGCCCAGUACUACUUCAGGAUCAAACAAGCGUAACAGCCCGAACGAUCCUGCGGCGGCAGAAGGGCCAGGAAGGCCAGAUCCUGAAGGCUCGCAAUCGAAAAGACUCCGAGCUGACAAGCCGGCGACUAAAUAUCUCCCCCUCCGUUAUGAGUUUGCGGAUCCCAAGGACUUGGUUGUCCUUAUAUCGAGCAUGCUGAUGGAGCUUAUUCGCUUCAACGACAAGAUCCCUCUCCAUCAGGGUCGGCUAACGCGCUUCCAUUCGCGUUCCCCGCCUCGCAUUUCUGUACUGGACUAUCUGCAACGAUUAACGACUCACGCCACCCUGUCCCCACCGAUUCUCUUGAGCAUGGUAUAUUAUAUCGACCGCCUCUGUGCGCUGUACCCCGCCUUUACCGUUUCCAGUCUCACCAUUCAUCGAUUCCUGAUUACCAGCGCCACUGUCGCCUCAAAAGGGCUUAGUGACAGCUUCUGGACCAACAAGACCUACGCCCGGGUAGGUGGAAUCAGCAUGACGGAGCUGGCCCUCCUUGAACUAGAGUUUCUUUUCCGCGUUGAGUGGCGCAUCGUUCCUCAGCCAGAAGUUCUCAACGAUUACUACCAAAGUUUGGCCGAACGGUGUGAUGGGUACGAGAUUCAAACCAGCUAG